GGAUUGUGGCCGGGCGCGCGGGGACGCCGCCCCGGGCCGGGCAGGAGCGGCCGCCGACAGCGCGGGCAGCCAUGGAGGUGGUGGACGAGACCGAGGCGCUGCAGCGCUUCUUCGAAGGGCAUGACAUUAAUGGGGCCCUGGAGCCCUCCAACCUGGACACAAGCAUCCUGGAGGAAUACAUCAGCAAGGAGGAUGCCUCUGAUCUCUGCUUUCCUGACAUCUCGGCUCCAGCCAGCGCAACCUCCUUCCCCCAUGGGCAGCCCGCCCUCCCUGGCUCCAGUGGGGUGCACCACCUGAGCCCCCCAGGGCCCGGACCCUCCCCAGGUCAUCACGGCCCCCUCCCACCCCCCAGCUACAGCGCUCCCCUCAACUGCAACAACAACAACGGCCUGGGGGCACCCAAGCCCUUCCUUGGGGGGACCGGGCCCCCCAUCAAGGCAGAGCCAAAGGCUCCCUAUGCCCCAGGCACCCUCCCGGACUCCCCCCCUGACUCAGGCUCCGAGGCCUACUCCCCCCCACAGGUGAACGACCCCCACCUCUUGCGGACCAUCACCCCCGAGUCCCUGUGCCAUGUAGGGGUGCCCUCCCGCCUAGAGCACCCUCCGCCGCCUCCAGCCCACCUGCCGGGGCCCCCACCACCCCCGCCACCACCCCCACACUACCCCGUCCUUCAGCGGGAGCUGUACAUGAAGGCUGAGCCCCCCCUACCCCCCUACACCACCAUGGGGCAGGGGCUGGUGCCCCCCGAUCUCCACCACAGCCCACAGACUCAGAUGCUACACCAGCUUUUGCAGCACGGAGCCGAGCUCCCCACACAUCCAGCCAAAAAGAGGAAGCACUCCGAGUCGCCCCCCAACACCCUCAACGCCCAGAUGCGGAGUGGGUUCAUCAAGCAGGAGCCAGGCACUGCGGCGGCCCUGGCCGCGCACCCCGCGCAUGCCCCGUCCCCACCCUGGGCCCCCCAGGGCCCUUUGUCCCCUGGCCCCCUGCCCCUCAGCAUUGCCCGAGUGCAGACGCCGCCUUGGCACCCGCCGGGGGCCCCCUCCCCAGGUCUCCUGCAGGACAGCGAUAGCCUCAGCGGCUCCUACCUGGACCCCAACUACCAGUCCAUCAAGUGGCAGCCACACCAGCAGAACAAGUGGGCCAGCCUGUACGAUGCCAACUACAAGGAGCUGCCCAUGCUCACCUACCGGGUGGACGCCGACAAGGGCUUCAACUUCUCAGUGGGCGAUGACGCCUUUGUGUGCCAGAAGAAGAACCACUUCCAGGUCACUGUGUACAUCGGUCUGCUGGGCGAGCCAAAGUACGUCAAGACCCCCGACGGCCUCAAGCCCCUCGACUGCUUCUACCUGAAACUCCACGGCGUGAAGCUGGAAGCCCUGAACCAGUCCAUCAACAUCGAACAGUCCCAGUCAGACCGGAGCAAGCGGCCCUUCAACCCUGUCACGGUCAACCUGCCCCCUGAGCAGGUGACAAAGGUAACGGUGGGACGACUUCACUUCAGCGAGACCACAGCCAAUAACAUGCGCAAGAAAGGCAAGCCCAAUCCGGACCAGAGGUACUUCAUGCUGGUGGUGGCCCUGCAGGCGCAUGCGCAGAACCAGAACUACACGCUGGCCGCCCAGAUCUCCGAGCGCAUCAUCGUGAGGGCUUCCAACCCAGGCCAGUUUGAGAGUGACAGCGACGUGCUGUGGCAGCGGGCGCAGGUGCCCGACACCGUUUUCCACCACGGCCGUGUGGGCAUCAACACGGACCGGCCGGACGAGGCGCUCGUGGUGCACGGCAACGUCAAGGUCAUGGGCUCACUCAUGCACCCCUCAGACCUGCGGGCCAAGGAACACGUGCAGGAGGUAGACACCACGGAGCAGCUGAAGCGGAUCUCGCGCAUGCGGCUGGUGCACUACAGAUACAAGCCCGAGUUUGCAGCCAGCGCGGGCAUCGAGGCUACGACGCCAGAGACUGGUGUCAUCGCACAGGAGGUCAAGGAGAUCCUGCCCGAGGCGGUGAAGGACACUGGAGAUGUGGUUUUUGCCAAUGGGAAAACCAUAGAGAACUUCCUGGUGGUGAACAAGGAGCGGAUCUUCAUGGAGAACGUGGGCGCCGUCAAGGAGCUGUGCAAACUCACGGACAACCUGGAGACUCGAAUUGAUGAGCUGGAGCGUUGGAGUCACCGGCUGGCCAAGCUGCGGCGCCUGGACAGCCUCAAGUCCACGGGCAGCUCGGGUGCCUUCAGCCACGCCGGGAGCCAGUUCAGCCGGGCAGGUAGUGUCCUCCACAAGAAGAGGCCCCCCAAGAUGGCCAGCAAGCCAGCCUCUGUGGCCCCGGACCAGGCCUGUGUCAGUCAUCGCUUCCUGAAGGGCACCAUCAUUGCCCUGGUGGUGGUCAUGGCCUUCAGCGUGCUGUCCAUGUCCACCCUGUACGUUCUGAGCCUGCGCAAUGAGGAGGACGUGAUGGAGGCAGAUGGCUCUUUGGCCGUGUCCACUUCCUGUCUUCUGGCCCUGCUCCAGCCCCAGCAUGCUGGGGGGGGAGAGGCUCUGUGCCCAUGCAGGUUCAGCCAGAGUUUUGGGACUACUCAGCUCCGACAGGCCCCUGCUCCCACUGGGCUGCCAGGCACCCAGCCCUCCUCGCUCCUGGUCACCCACAGGCUGAGCAGCUCAGCGCCUGGGCCAGCCCUGCCCACCCUGGACCUGUGCUCCGGCACCUCCUGCCCCGUGCUCUGCUGUUCCUCUUCCAUCCCCAGCCUGGCCACAGCCCGUGGCCUCACCUCCAGCUCUAGCCCUGGCACCAGCCCCAGUCCCAGUCCCUCCACCAGUGCUAACCACUCAGGUCCCAGCCACACAGCCCUGCUGCCGGUCACCAACAUCAGAGCUAAAUCCUGGGGCAUCUCGGCCAAUGGCAUCGGCCACUCCCGGCACUCCAAGGGCCUGGAGCCUGUGGCCAGCCCCAUGGUCCCCUUCCCUGGGGGGCAGGGCAAAGCCAAGAGCAGCCCCAGCCUCAGCUUCCAUGGCCGGGCCCGACGAGGAGCUCCCCAGCCGAGCCCCGGCCCUGCCCAGUCUACCCAUGGCCAGUCAGACGCGGCACCCUCCCUCACCUCCAUCCAGGUGCUGGAGAACUUGAUGCCCAUCACCUCCCAGUACUGUGCUCCUGGGGACACCUGCAGGCCCGGGAACGUCACCUACCACAUCCCGGUCAGCAGGAGUACCCCACCGCACCUCGGCCUGACGCUGCAGAUGAACUCCUCGUCCCCCGUGUCAGUGGCACUGUGCAGCUUGACGUCGCAGGAGCCAUGUGAGGAGGGGGCUGAGCUGUCCAGCCUGCAGGCCCAGCCAGACACCCAGGGCACCUCCCACCACUGGCCGGUCACCAUCCUGCCCUUCCGAGACUUCACCUACCACUUCCAGGUGGCACUGCUGGGUCAGGCCAACUGCAGCACCGAGGCCCGGGUCCAUCCGGCCACCGACUACUACUUCCGUUUCUACCGCCUGUGCGACUGAGCAGACACAGCCAGACACACGGACGCCCAUGACACUGGAAGUCCUCACACUGGAGCUGCUGUUCCUGGGGUUGUCCCCUCAGGGUCCCAGCCCCCCUUCCCUGUUGCUCCUAGACCUGCGGGCGGCCUGGGCUGAGCCCUAGGACUUGGCCAGACCCUGGGGUCAGUAGAGGGCGGGGCGACCUCACCCCUGAAGCUGCUUAUUGGGGGGUAGCUAGAAGCGGAAUUUUGGGGUUUGACUGUUACGCUGGACUUGGACUCGUGAGCUUUAAUCACGGCCUUGGGGCCUCUCCUUCCUGGGGCCCGACUCCUGGGAGCCCCGCCCCCGAGCCCUGCCUCCAGGCUGCCAGAGCUCACAUUGGCGUGUCCCUCCCACCCCCAGCAGAGGGGCAGACCUUUGUGGGCUGGUCAAUGGACGAGUGAGUCACGGUAGGACUGGGGGACACUGCAGACAGGACCCAGGGAGCCUCUAGACCUGAACCUACUCCUAGCUGCCUGAGCCCAGCCUCUCCUCCACUGUGGGUGCCCUGUUCCCCACAUCAGGCUCCUGGCAGAGCUUGGAUAGGGGCCUCCCAGGAGGUGGGCAGGACUGGGUGUAUGUCAGCUGCCGGUGCCACCCCUCCUUAGUAGGAGUCCACGACUGCCACCUCUCCAGAUUCAAAGGAGGUCUCGAAACUUUACAUCAGGCUCAACCUGACGCUGUUGACUGGCUACGGAAGAAGGGCAAACGCUAGAAGAAGAAGUAGGAGUCCAGAGUCCUGUGGCCACAUGCGGGCUGCUGGCAGGAGUGUGGUACUUCCUUUGCCUACUGUGGCAUCAGAACUGGGCCCACACAGUCACCUCCACUUUCUUGCCUCAGAAUGGGGACAGUCUCUCUGGAGGGGCUGAGUGUUGACACCUGUGAGCUGGGGCCAGAGGUGGGGCAGGGGGGUACCCUUCUGCCUGGGCUCUCAAAGCACUUAUCUGUGGGACAGGGUUGCUCCAGGAUGAGGGUACCCCUUCCCACCAGGUGACCCCACUUCUCCCUGCUGACACAGGAGCACUGCGGACAACCGCUCUCCCUCCUCCUGCUGCCACUCCUUCUGAGGGGAUCCAGGGCACCCUCACUGGGUUCAUAUUCUUAGACUGUGGCCCUGAUCCCUUAACUGGAAACUGCCGCCCACACUCCCAGCCCAAGUGGACAGAGCGCAGCCCCAUCAGUGAGCAGCUGGCUGUUUGCAUGCCUGGGGUGGCGUCCUCAGGGCAUGGGGGGGGCACCCCUUGGACCAAAGUUGCCUUAAGCCCAGUGAGCUGAAAGGGCUCGGGGGAGCGUCACCUGCUGGUGGCUGGGGGUCCUGGCUCCAAGCCCCCCUCCCUCCCAGCUUCAAGCUGUACAUAGGGCCUCCCGCCCACGCUGAGUCCCCCCACCCCCAGUUAACUCCCUGCCCCGUCCCCGUGUCCCUGAACGCUGACUAUUUAUCGUGUACCAACCCUCUGCCCAACUCAGAAGCAGGGAGGCUCACUUCCUGCUCCCAACCCACCUGCCGUUCCCCUCCAAAGUGAACACACGUAUAUAUAAAUAAAUGUAUAAAUACUGCUUUGUAUCUGA